AUGCCUUCUCUUCCUCUUAUGGACAACAAUUUGGUUCCAAUCUCUCAGGUUUGUGCUGAGAAUAAUUUCCCUGUGGCAACGGAAGCUGCUACAGAAGUUGUUGAACAAGUGCAUUCAUCAAAUUCCAAUGAUGACAUAAGAGUGAAGUUUCCAUUUGAUCUUAAUGCUGAAGUUGAUGAUGAGGUGGACUCAAUAUCUUGCACUGAGGAAGCACGUCCCAAAGUUGGUGAAACCAUUCCAACUUUACCUUCCACUCAUUCAGAGGUCACACCAGAACAUGUUCUUCCUACAGACAUGGACAAUGAAGACAGAGCAAGUGUUGUCGAGGGAGGAACACCUACCUCUGAAACCAGGAAAAGAAAGAAAUCUAUGGAGGGGGAAUAUGUGAAAGGGAAUUCGAGGUCAUUUCGCGGAAAAACAUUCACUGUAAAUGUUGAAAGCCGAAGAAGGACCAUAGUGGACGAUGGUUAUCGUUGGCGAAAAUAUGGCCAAAAAACUAUAAAGGGAAAUUUGUUCCCUAGUGAUUCAAUACUGAUAAACUUUUCAUGGGAAUUUUCUAGGGCCUACUACAAAUGCACAGGUUCUGGGUGUUGUGUAAGGAAGCACGUGGAACGAGAUUCGCGCAACAGAAAGAACGUAAUCACUACUUACGAGGGAAAACACAAUCAUGAACAACCAAUCCCUAAGAACCCUAAUGAGAAACAUUAUGCAGAAGACGAUGAAGAUGAAGAAGAUGAAACAGAAGAACUUGGUAGUGCUGCAUCCAAUGCUCGAUGGAAUUUUAGAUUAUCUGAGAGUAUGAAUUUUCUCAACACUCCACAACCUGCACAACAUCGACUUCACACUCUUCAACUAUCUCGUAAUGACGCAAACCCUGGAUUCGCCUCUGUGUGGCCUUUUGCAAGUUUCAACAUGAAUAUUACAUCUUCUUCUCACACCACUCAGAUGCAUUAUUCUUCUUUCUUGAACAAUACCAACACCACCAUGCCUUACCGUUUCUAUGGACUCGAUCAUAACCGUUUUGGUGCCCCUCAAACUGAGUUUCCAAUGCCACCACCCUUUAGCAUUCCUUCUUCUUCUGAGGUUUUUUCUCGCGCUAGGGUUAAUGCUGUUGGCUCCAGUUCAGUCUUUCCUUUAAGGGGUGCAGCAUAUCGCAGAUGGUAA